AUGGAGUCCAGGACUGGGUGUGGAGCUUCAAGGUCCAGUACAAGCAAGAUGUGGGAAGCGACUGGAACGCCAUUGACAACAUAUUCACUGGCGUUUCCGGUCCUGACGAGAAGUCCAGAGCCUUCUUCGCCGCGCCGGUUCAAGCUCGGUUUAUCCGCUUGA